AUGGUUCUCUUCGACGGUUCUCUUCACACUCGCGCCGCGUACUAUGCCUCGCGCGACUUGUUUUUCGAGGAUGCGUUUGCCCAAUGUGACGAGUAUGACAUCGCGAGUUUAUUGUGUAGUGCCCAUCCCCACAUGUGCGACCUUCGUCUUCAAAAAUCUCUAUACAACGCAUGGACUGAGCUGAGUGCGGAGUCGGCCAACCCAGACUGGGAAGUUUGGCUGUUGAAGGGGCCUCCUGGUGGAGGAGAAUACCCCUUGGAGGAAUGUUUGUCCAUCAACUAUUUCGUCAUACCGCUGAGUCCCGAACGGCGCCCUCAGGCCACACAAGAGGACAGGGAGGGAGUUCCUGGGCCACCCAAGCAUCGCAGGACUGCUGGUCAAGCAGCGCCCACCCGCUAUACAUUCAGCUCCCCUGUGGCUGGAUUAACCAACACUGCCUCCACCGCCUCCGCUAUUGCUGUCGCCACUCCUAGUACCAACACUCCUCCUACGACCCCUCCUCGCAUCCUCGAGGUCCCCAACCUCGACACCCUUCAGGUAGAGAUACACACUCACCGGACACUCCACGAACGUCAAACAAAGACCCUGGCAAUUGCAAGAACCAACCACGCAUAUGUCGAAGUCCCUUCGCGCAAGACCUACAAGCGUAGACGAGAUACCAGUGCAGAGGCCGAAGGAGAGGGUGAGACCGAGCAGGGACGCGACAAGAUGCACACUCGCCGGACAUUGGGCGAAAGUCAAGCAAAACCCCAAGCGAUUGCAAGAACAAACCACGCGUUCGUCGCCGUCCCUUCGCGCAGGACCUACAAGCGUAAACUCAAUGCCAGUGCAGAGGCUGAAGGAGAGGGUGAGCGGGAUCCUGCUCCCUCCCCUCCUGUUGUUGUGCCGGGACAUGGUCGUCCUCGCAAAGGCAAACCUCUCGUUCUCCCUUCGGCACGUGCUCGACACAAGAAGCGCCUUCUCCCUCCUCACCAACGCUUCACGGGUAUCGACAAGAUGCCCAAUAUUGAGGGACUCCUGAGGGGAGAACCUUUCGUGAGGAAAUUCUUACUUCUUGUCUUUCAAAUGACCGUGCAGGCUCUAGCACACGCAAAGCACGUCCGGUAG